UAACCAGCUGAACUUCUGUUUGCUCAUUAAUGUCUCCCUCACCAGGAAGGCAUUGUGAUCGGAGGAAUUAGCAGAGUCUAGUUGGGUUGGUGCUUCUCUGCAAAACUGAGUUUUAAUGGAACAGUCUGUAGGACUGGCAUGGAAAUCCAGGUCCAGAGUCCGCCCUUCCUGCCUCCAUCCUUGCAAGAAUGGCGGAGAUGUCAAAAUUAACGGAAAGCAUUCCUCUGAGAGAAGGCUGCCCAGCAGCGCCGCUGUUAUGGCAACCGGCCCGCCUCGCCGGAGAAGCCGAUGAUGGAGCAGCGGCCAUGGCCCGAGCGGCGGCGGGAGCGGCAGGCAGCGGCGGGAGCGGCGCCCCGGCCCCGGCGGCGGUGGCAGAAGCAGCAGCAGCCGCCGCCGUGGCGGAGGAGGCGGGCGAGCGGCCGUCGGGGGAGCCGGCGGAGCUGUCCCUGGAGGAGGUGCUGAAGGCGUACGAGCAGCCCAUCAACGAGGAGCAGGCCUGGGCCGUCUGCUUCCAGUGCUGCCGCGGGCUGCUCCAGCCGGGCCCCGCCGUCGAGGCCGAGCAGCGGCAGCAGGGGGGGCGGCAGCGGCGCUGGGGGCCGGCCGGGCGCAUCCGCGAAACCGCCGACAUCCGCCUGCACAAGGACGGCACCGUCUCCGCCCGCGGCGAGUACGGCGUGGCCGAGCUCCCACUGACCUUGACGCCCUCUGCUGAAGCACAGAUGGUGCAGUCUCUGGCACUGGCAAUCUACCGAGCACUGGACUGGGGUCUGGAUGAGAAUGAAGAACGAGAGCUCAGCCCUGCACUGGAGCGGCUGAUUGAAUUGAUGGCCAACAGUGAUUCUGAGGACAGUGGGUGUGGCACUGCAGACGAAGGCUAUGGCGGGCAGGAGGAAGAAGAGGAGGUGGCAGUGGAGGGCACCCUGAGGGCCGUGCGCACCUUCAACCGAGCCAUGCGGCUCUGUGCUAUGCGCCUCACCCAGCCUGUGGAAGCUCAGGCCCACUACCAGGCUGUCUGCAGAGCCCUAUUCCUAGAGACGGUUGAGCUGAAGGCUUUUCUGGCCAAGAUUCGUGAGGCCAAGGAGAUGCUGACGAAGCUGAAGGAUGAAGACGAGGAGCUGAAGGACCGAACAGCUGCAGAUCUGGACAACCUGAGGAACACAGACUGGGCUCGGCUCUGGGUGCAGCUAAUGAGGGAGCUGCGGAAUGGAGUCAAGCUCAAGAAGGUCCAGGAGAAGCAGUUCAACCCCUUGCCCACUGAGUACCAGCUGACGCCCUUCGAGAUGUUGAUGCAGGACAUCCGAGCCCGCAAGUAUAAGCUCCGCAAGGUCAUGGUGGAUGGUGACAUUCCUCCCAGGGUGAAGGAGGACGCUCACGAGCUCAUCCUCGACUUCAUAAGAUCUCGGCCACCCCUGAGACAGGCUUCAGAGCGGAGGUUGCGCCCCCUGCCUCAGAAACAGAAGACGCUCCAUGAGAAAAUUCUGGAGGAGAUCAAGCAGGAAAGGAAGCUCCGGCCUGUGGAGUCACGGUGUCAGAAUCAGAAAGGGUUUGGCUCCCUGCCCUGCAUUAUGAAUGCCUGCUCCGGUGGUGCAAAAUCGACCUCCUGCAUCAGCCUCUUGGAGGUCUCGGACUCCAACACCCCUCCCCAGCGCCAGAGGCCAAGGGUCUUGUUGAAGGCUCCCACUCUGGCCGAGAUGGAGGAGAUGAUUACCUCCGAAGAGGAAGACUCUCCGAGCCCCGAGGCUGUGCAGGAACCUGGUCCGCUGAUGCCCCUGAAGCGUGACCGCUCCUUCUCGGAGCAAGACUUGGCCCAGUUUCAGAGUGAGAGCAGCAGCAGCCAGCCUGACUCGGAGUACUUGGGACCCAGUGGGUCUGAACCGAGACCCCGCUCAGGUACCGUGAGCCCUGCAUGGACCAGCAUGGAAAAUACGGGUUCAGUUCCGGCUAGCUACCCCCAGGCUCUCUGUGAUGCCAGAUCUUUCCCCCGCGAGCACGGUUUUCUCAGCUCAGUGGAGGAGAAGUCAGAGGCUGGUUCCAGUACUGCCUCAGAUGCCAAUUUGAAAUAUUUGUGGCUGCAGGAGUUCAGCCACCCUGUGGAGAGCCUGGCGCUCACUGUGGAGGAGAUGAUCAACGUGCGCCGGGUGCUGGUGAAAGCAGAGAUGGAGAAGUUCCUGCAGAGCAAGGAGCUAUACAGCAGCCUGAAGAAAGGGAAGAUCUGCUGCUGCUGCAGAACCAAGUUUGCUCUGUUUUCCUGGCCCCCGACUUGCCUCUUCUGCAAGAGGUCUGUCUGCAGCUCCUGCAGUCUAAAGAUCAAGAUGCCUUCCAAGAAGCUUGCCCAUAUCCCUGUCUACGCCCUGGGCUUUGAGACUCUGCCAGGCUCGUUGGGUACCAAGGCACCCCCAUUCCGGAGGAGGGAGGCUUUCCACUCCCUGCAGGGCAUGCGCUGGCGCAGCGUGGAGGAGGAGUUCCCCUACAUCUACGCGCAUGGCUCUGUGCUCAAGGAUGUUUGCAGUGAUUGUUCUGGCUUCGUCACGGACGUUGUCAGCUCCAGCCGCAAGAGCAUGGACAUCCUGAAUACCACGCCGUGCAGGAGCCGCAAGACCCAAUCUCUCUACAUCCCAUCCAGCUAGAUGUCCCACCUCUGCCACUGGUCCCCCCCCCACUCCAGUGCCCUCUGCACCCAACCUUUGCUUUUUGAUCCGCCGUAUUUUUAAGCACCAGUCGGGGACACACACUUUCCCUGGCCAAGGAAGCUCCGGCUGGCUUUGUCUGGACUCCCUGAGGAUCCUGGCCUCCUUGCUUAUUUGUGUCUGCUCAGAUGUCCAGCCCAUCCCUUCCCCCUUGCCCACCCCCUAUGAAUGUCCCCUGCCUGCCUGCCUGUGUACAUAUAUACAUAACCUAUAGAGACACUAUAUUUAUAUUUGUGGAUCAGCUGCUGUGGUGAUGCCCCUGCCUGGCAAAUGAGGACUGUACUGAAGGAAACUCCCUGGCAGUCUUCCCAUUCCCACAUCCCCGCCACCACCAUCGCACUUUUUUUGGAUUGUAAGAAAGCAGAUUUGGGGCAGGAUAGUUCCAGAGCAUUUAGGAGCUUGGCCAUCUCUGUUGCUGCAAAUGCAGCCUAGAACGCAAGGCCACCCACACACCCCAUCUUGGAGUUCUCUUGAAGACUCUGCCCUUUCAGCAAUGCUAGUGAGAGAGGCUCUUUCUGAGAUCUCUGCAGGGGAUGUCCUAUUGGUGCGCCUUCUGCUCUUGUGGAAAAUGGACCCAUCAUGCAGCAGUCUGUCUGCUGCUUGCCGGUGCCACAAUCUCUCCUCCUCCUCCUCCAAGCUACUUUUCUUGUCCUUUCCCUCAUUUCCUGUCUGCCUUUCUCCCCCUUCCAAGCAGUGGAAGGUGCUUUUUAACGCCUGUUCAGACAAUCAUUUCCUGCCUUCUAAUCCUUGCUUUUGUUGGGGCUGUGACUUUGGGAGGAAGGGGGGGGUCUUUUCUCUCCCUGCGAAUUAACAUGUCUUCCCCCCUGCCCCCUCCUGUGAAUUAAUGUGUUUUGUUUUGUUUUGUACAGCAAACAAUAAAAUACCUAAUUUUUGUAAGCAUUUAGACAAAGACUGAGCACUUCCCGCACGGUGCGUCUUGUGCAGCCAGUGGAUGGGAGGCGGUUGCCUACCAGAGCUGUAAUUGGGGGUUUGCGUGGUUGAUGGCAAUGGGCCAAGCCAGGCGCCUACAGAAUCUCAGUUCUGUGUGGCAGCAAGAUCCUGUGCUUCAGUUGGCAACUUCUGUCCUCAUUGAGAGCAGGGCUUUGGCUCCCCAAAGGCUGCAAAUACCAACACCCUAUUUCCACAUGUACCACGAGCCUCCCCGCCCAAAAGAAACAAUCAGGAUUGACUUGAAAUUUGAGAAUAGAGGUACAGAAGAUGUCCUGCAGACUGAAUGAAAGUCAGAUGAUGCUGGGCUAGCAUGAAUUUGGCCACUGUUGCCCUUAAGGGUGAUGGGGGGGAGGCUGCAAUGGGCAGGGCUGCCCGAAAGUCUUUGAGGCACCUUCCCUGUUAGGCCUGAUGCGCUGGGGGCUGGCACAUGUAAAAGUGUCAUGUCUUGCCAUCGUGAGCACAUCUAUCUCAGUAGCUCAUUUCAGAACCGUGUACCUGCAAAGUCAAAUUUGGCAACAUCAGCCUAAAACACCAGAUUAGCACACUUUGGACUAUUGCGUGGGGCAGGGGAGGGAGUGGAUCGAUUUAUUUCUGAAGAUGUAUAGAAAAAGGUCUUGCUUGCGCUGCCCCCUUGUCCUCUUCCUCCCUCCUGCCCUAAGUUCUGCCAGGGAAGACAAGCCCUGCCUUUGAAUGUUCAACAGGGCAAGAGGCCAGGCUGGGCAGGCUGAAUGGCAUUCUAGCAAUGGUAGCCUAGUCUUCCACCAGCGAGCCAUUUAGUCUUCUGAGUGCAUGAAGCAAAGACAACAAAGAGCCCCCCGUAGCAACUUAACUAAUUUUAUUGCGGCUAAUGUAGUGUCCUCCACGUGUUGUGGACUACAACUCCCAUCAGCCCCCGCCAGCAUGGCCAAUAGACAGGGAUGGUGGGAGCGUCGUCCACAUCAUCUGGAAGGCAGCACAUUGGCUAACCCUAACAUAAGGGUUCAAGGACUAAUGAUCCACCGCGGCAUCUGAUAUGGUGGGCCUCUAGUCCACAAAAGCUUAUGCCAUAAUAAAUGAGCCUUUAAGGUGCUACAGGACGCUUCUUUGUUGCACUUAGCCUUGUAGCUCUGGCCAUCCUGUUGCUUUAUUCUGCCCUUUGGGCCGUAGGUAGCAAGGUCCUGGGUCACUCUGGCGUUGCCCAAUUGUCCUGUUGAGAAAAAGGGGUUCAGCACUGCCCCUUGGCUUUGGCAAGAUCCUCCAGCCCUCAGUUCUUGCAUGGCACCUUUCCACAGUGGCUCUGCUGAAUAGGAGACCCCACUAGCCACUCAUAUGGCACUGAACUGCUGCUCCGGCUCAAAAACAGCAACUGCCUCCUGCCAUGCCUACAGCCAGCCUCAAGAGCUGUGCUCUCUCCUCCUCUUCCUGCCCCAGGGGGAAAUAACAGCUUCCUGAGAUGCCACCAGGUUGGUGCAUAGCGCCAUGGGGCUCAAUAUUUUGUACCUUGCCAGUACUUGCAAACUGCACAUGCCAAAUAUACAGCUCAUGCAGUGGAUGCUCUAUAUUGGAACGGCCUAUACUUGCAGGCAACGCAGCUGGAUGUGCAAAUACCUAGCUGUACAACCAGUCACUUACUGGGCGCAGAUCAAGUGCUUGGCCAUUUGCACACGAUGCAAGCGGGAAAGCGAGGCUCGAGUCACGGGGUUGAGGGAGCGUAUGGGAAAGGAAAAAUCCCAUGUGGCUUUUUGAGGGCUGAAGAGGAGGCCAGGCAUUUGCAGGUCAAUGAUUGAGCCCGGAGGGCGAAUCCGGCUCUAGGAACUGCUAGUGCUUUUUGCUGCGGCUGCUUCUCCAUUGCUGCCUAUGCCAACCUGCUUGCUUGACCUCUUGACUUGGCUGAACUGCUCCUGCCUGCAGACCUCAGCUUGCCUUGCCACCUUGCUCACCAUGUUUGCCACCAUUCAUUGCACUCUGUGUCAAAGAGAGGGGGAUGGCCCCUCCUGUUCGUUGCCUAUCCUGCCUGCACUUACUCUCCCCCAGCCAAUGUUUUAUACGCAGCCUAUACUGUAAAGAGUUGUAAAUAAAAUGUAAAGUGAAACUGA